AUGGGGAGCAUCGAACAACCCGGCCAUGCCCUCGUUUUUGGUGCAUCGGGAAUUAAUGGCUGGGCAUUUGUCAACGCCAUCCUCAACGACUAUCCCACACCGGACAGUUUUGACCGUGUAACGGCGUUUACCAACCGUCCGCUGUCGGCCGAGGCAUCGCAGUGGCCGCAAUCCUACAAGCUUCACCUGGUAUCGGGGCUAGACCUGAUCAAGAAUGACCAGGAAGCCCUUGAACGAGAACUGGUGCAGAAGGUCCCACAAGUCGACAGGGUAACAGCCCUGUACUUCUGUGCCUAUGUGAUGGACAUCGACCCGGAAAAAGAGAUUACUUUGAACAUUGGCAUGCUCAAGAAAACCAUUCUUGCUAUCGAGAAGCUGAGUCCCAGCCUUCGGGUUGUCGCGCUUCCCACCGGUGUCAAAGCGUAUGGAGUACACAUGCUGGACAAAUUCCCCUUCAAGGAUAAUCUACCCCUGAAGGAGACACACCCACCAAUUCCAGAACCAUAUCGAUCCCAAUUGUUCUACACGCACCAGUGGAAGCUGCUCAACUCCCUGUCACAAGGCAAGCAGUGGACAUACUUCGACAGUAGACCCGACGUCAUCAUUGGGUUCGUCCCCAACAACAGUGCACACAACCUGGCCCAGUGGGUUGCGUUGUACCUGAGCUUUUGUCGCAAGCUCUAUGGAGAGGGGGCCGAGGUCGUCUUCCCCGGUACCAAGAGUUGGAACAUCCUCAGCAACGACAGCUGUCAGGAAACAAUUGCCCGUUUCACCAUCUACGCCAGUCUGCACCCAGAGGUCAGCGCAGGGAAGAGCCUGAACUGUUCCGAUAACUCUAAACCCACCAGUUGGUCAGUGAAGUGGCCUAUUCUCUGUGAAUACUUUGGCUUGAAGGGUGUGGCGCCGACGAACGGACCAGGCCCCGACCCUGCCAAGUUCCUGCAUGAACACCAGGUGGAAUGGGCUGCCAUGGAGAAGGAAUACGGUCUUCAAACGGGACAUGUUAUUGGUGACAAUACCAGCUUGCCACACGUCUCAUACUUCCUGAUGUCCCAGUUUGACUUUGAUCGACAGGUCGACUUGACAGAGAUGCAUCGCGUCUGGGGCGAGGCUACUGAGGAGAGAGACAUUAAGGACGCAUGGUAUACCGCGUUUGACCGGUUUAGAAAGGCCAAGAUUAUUCCCUAG